UGAAGGGUCUCGCUAAGUGAGCUGAGGCGUUUUGGGGCUCCAAGUCCGGUUGGCGGAGUUAUAAGAGAUUCAAAGAAAGUCGCUAGCCAAGGUGGACAGUCUUCACCUGACCUUGUCAGGAAGUGAUAGUGACCGCCUCCUCGAUCUUCCUCUCCUUUCGCGAAGUAAAAGACGCUUUUGGAAGAGCAGCCGGCCCCUUCGAGGCCUGAGGGGCUCCCUCUCUGGCACAGCGUGAGUUUUUAGGUUAUUCGAGGUUUUGGUCAACAAGGAAGGUUAAAAAUGGCAUCAAAAGAAGAACUUAUGAAUGAUGAGCGGUUUCGUCGAAUUACAAAGGACCCUAGAUUUUGGGAAAUGCCAGAAAAAGAUCGAAAAAUUAAGAUUGAUAAGAGAUUUCGAGCAAUGUUUCAUGACAAAAAGUUCAAGUUGAAAUAUACUGUGGAUAAAAGAGGACGUCCCAUAAAUCAUAGCAGUACAGAGGAUUUGAAACGUUAUUAUGACUUAUCAGAUUCAGACUCUGAUCUCUCGGAUAAAGAUAGUGAAGCAUCAAACAAAAAGAAAACGAAGAAAAAGACCCAGAAAACUAAAAAAGGAGAUCCAAAAAAAUUACCAGAUGAUAAGGAAAAAAGCAACACUAUUAGGCCAAAGGAAGACUUUGGACAUGGGAAAGAGCAAGAUGGUUAUGAAAAUAUUUGUAAAACACAGAGUUUGAACAGAGUUAAGAAGGUGCAUGCACAAAAUAAUCUGCAAAAAGAUGAAAAAGAAUCAAAAAAUAAAGGCAUAAAGAAUCAAAAAGAGGCAUUCCUAUUUAAUGCAGACACAUCCUCUAGUGGAAAACUAAAGAUGUCAGAACUGGACAAUAAUAAAAUUGUGAAAUAUUCCAAGGUGAAGUUUCCUAAAGAGAAAGAGAAAUGUGAUUCAGACAACAGUGAUGUUUAUUUAGAUGUCAGUGAAUCUGAUGAAAGUGAGUUGGAGGAAGAUACCGAAGAUGAUAGUGAAACAGAAGAUGAUGAACAAUCAGAAGAUAGAAGUGCCGGGGAUGAUGAGGAAAUCUCAGAAUAUGAUGAUGAAGAUGAUGAUGAAAGUGAUAGUGGCCCUGAUCUUGCUAGAGGAAAAGGAAAUAUUGAAACUAGUUCAGAAGAUGAAGAAGAUGAUAUGACUGAAUUUUUUCCUAAGGAACCUAGUUUUGAGCAUGCAUGGAGAGAAUUAGAUAAAGAUGCCCCUCGGGCAGAUGAGAUUACUCGUCGAUUAGCAGUUUGCAACAUGGACUGGGAUAGAUUAACAGCUAAAGACUUGCUGGCUCUGUUCAAUUCAUUUAAACCGAAAGGUGGUGUUAUAUUUUCUGUAAAGAUCUAUCCUUCAGAAUUUGGGAAGGAGAGAAUGAAGGAAGAACUUGUUCAAGGACCUAAAGAAUUACAAAGUAUUCCUGAGGAUGCUCCUGAAAAAGACUGGACUUCUAGAGAAAAGUUAAGAGAUUAUCAAUUCAAGAGACUAAAAUACUUUUAUGCAGUUGUAGACUGUGAUUCUCCAGAAACAGCCAGUAAAAUUUAUGAAGACUGUGAUGGACUGGAAUUUGAAAGUAGCUGUUCCUUUGUAGAUCUGAGGUUUAUUCCAGAUGAUAUUACAUUUGAUGAGGAGCCAAAAGACAUAGCUUUAGAAGUGGAUAUAACAACAUAUAAACCCAAAUAUUUUACAUCUGCAGCAAUGGGAACAUCAACGGUAGAGAUCACUUGGGAUGAGACUGAUCAUGAAAGAAUUAAAACACUAAACAGAAAUUUUAAAAAAGAUGAACUUCUUGACAUGGAUUUUCAAGCCUAUUUAGCAUCCUCCAGUGAUGAUGAAGAAGAACCAGAAGAAGAGCAACAAGGUGGUGAUGAAAUCAGUGGGGCAGAAGAUGUCAGAUCUAAAAAGAGCCAAAAGGAUGAUGAUGAACAAAUUACAAAGUACAGGCAACUUUUGCAGCUUAUUCAAGAAAAAGAAAAGAAAUCCAAAGACAAUGACAUGGAAAUGGAAAUUAAAUGGGUUCCAGGACUUAAAGAAAGUGCUGAAGAGAUGGUCAAAAACAAGUUGGAAGGAAAAGAUAAAUUGACUCCUUGGGAACAAUUUUUAGAGAAAAAGAAAGAGAAAAAAAAACUGAAAAAGAAGCAGAAGCUACAGUCUGUUAAUGAAAAAGAGACCAGUGAAGAUGAGCUUCCAUCUGAUGUUGACUUGAAUGAUCCUUACUUUGCUGAAGAAGUUGGAAAAAUAGGUACAAAGAAAAAAUCCAAAAAAAUCUCUAAGGAUGAAAAAUCUCCAGAAGAAGAAGCUGAGGUUGAAAGACAAAAUGCUGAAAUGGCUUUGCUUAUGAUGGAUGAUGAAGACGAUGGCAGGAAACACUUCAAUUACAACAAGAUUGUAGAGCAACAGAACCUGAGCAAAAAGAAAAAGAAAAAACUCAUGAAAAAGAAGGAACUAUUGGAGGAUGACUUUGAGGUGGAUGUUUCAGAUACUCGGUUCCAAGCAAUGUAUACUUCCCACUUGUUCAACUUAGAUCCUUCUGAUCCUAAUUUCAAGAAAACAAAAGCUGUAGAAAAAAUCCUAGAGGAGAAGGCUCGACAGAGAGAACAGAAACAACAGGAACUUACAAAGGCAAUAAAGAGAAAAGAGAAUGACCUGCAAAAGGAAACAGCAAAGAAAUCCAUAGAUCCUGCUUUGUCAAUGCUAAUUAAAUCUAUCAAAAACAAAACACAGGAGUUUCAAGCAAGGAAAAAACAGAAAGUCAAAUAACUUGUUUACUUUGAUGCAUCCUAAAUGCAUUCUCCUAAAUUGAAAGAAUAAAGUAUUUUUAAUGACUGAAGCUCUUUCUGGCAUAGGAAUUAAACUUUGAUCUUGCUGACUGUUUUGAUAUUUUUCUCCAUGAAUAAUGACAGAAGCAUAGGUUGUGUCUUAUUCAGCUAGUAAGGGCAGAGCCUGGAUCUGGAGAGAAGGAGUCCCAAGUUGGACCACAUAUCUCCAAAUCCAGCACACUUUCCAGUGUACCAUUUGCCUACAGGUUUUGUGUCUUUAUACACAAAAAUUUCUUAUUCAAAUAUAUAUUAACUUGAAAUUUUUUGUUUUUCAUAAAAUCAAGUUGGAUAUUAAGUGAGAAUCAGCAAAAUAAAAUUUAAUAUAUAUUUAAAAAUUUAAUUUCUGAAGAAUUGGAAUUCUAUAGAAUCUUACACAUAUAAGCUUGUUAGGGUUUAUUUGAUAUUAUUUAUUUACUGUGGCAAAUGAUCAACAGAUCAGUCUGGUCAUAGUAAUCUGGAAGUCUCUUAAGUUAGCUUAUUUAUUAAGCCUUGAAGGGUAGUCAAGAAGACAUUGUAUCCUAGUGGACAGAAUACUGGCCUUGCUGACAGGGACACUUGGAUUCAGAUUCUGCCUCUGUGAUCCACAGUUAAAUCAGUUAACCUCUCUGAGCCUCAGACAACUCUCUUAAACUUAUCCAGUGCAUUCUAGACAGUUUGCAAUCUGUAAUGGUGGUGCAAGUUCCCACUGUUAAUUAAUAGACUGAUAGUUUGGCCUAUUGACAUCCUUUAAGGUAGUAACCUGUGACCUUUCUUUGAAACCUACCUGUGGUUCUUAUGUAUUUUUUAUGAAUUUAAAUUUUUCAAUAGACAUUUGAAGUCUUUUUGUUCAUUUGUUCUACUUUAAGAAAGGAAGUCAGCCAGUGGUAAGGAAUUGGAUUGUAGAUCACUUUUUGAAGAAACUUGGCAGAGAAGAGGGGAAUCACAUGGGAAAGGAGCUAGAUUGAACAGAAGGAUCAAGAGAUGUCUCACCUUUUCUCAUUUAUCUGUGUUUUUUAAAAAAUAAACUCAUUCCCUAGGGGAAAAAUCUGGGAAAUCAAUUCAAACGAGAAAUAAUAUAAUGAAGAUGAAAAGCAAGUUCAUAUUCUAAUAACUGUAUUUGAAAUGUUUGUGAAGUCUUCUCCAGUGAUUUUUCUUUUUGCAGUAGUAGUCUUUUGUCUGACCUUCAGCUUUAUGAUGGAGUACUUUUAAAUAGGUGGAUAUUCUUCUAUAAAACUUAAGAAAAGUCUUCAGUUUUUAGUGUUUAAUACCUUUGAUCUCAUCUGUUUUAGGUCUUAUCAACUAAUAACUGACCACUUGUAAGAGUCAAUAUUGCACUUCAAUAAUAUAUGCACAAAUAAAAUUAGAAUGGUCAGUAGGAGCAAAUACUAAAUGUAGGAGUUUCAGGAAUGCAAAAGGAUUUUGGCUGGUUUUGUGGGUUAAUAGUAAACUAUUAUUAAAUAGUAAAUAUAGUAAAUAGUAAUAGUAAAUAGUUUUUAUUAUUAAAAUUCAGGCUUGCAGAUGUAGCAUAAUUUUGCAGUGUGUGGGGAUGCAAAACUCAUUAGUGUGGUAUCAAAGAAAAAAAAGGAAUUCAAAAAGCCUUUGAGCAGGAAAAAAAGACGGAACAUUUGAAUUGUUUAGAGCUAGCUGCCAGAACUUUGGAAUGCCUGAAAAGGGAAUUGUUUUAUUAUAAAGCAGUGACACCAUUAAAUUACCCAACUGUA